CGUCGUCAAUCGGCAACCCUACCGACGGGGGACUUAGCGGCUAAAUUCGAGGAAGGAGUAAGUUCUACCCAAAUUAUAUGCGGGAACGUUCAGAGACACCUCCGUGCAUUUCUGAAGAUAUCAUAUUCCUCAAUUAUGGUACUAAUUGAAACGUCCCAGCACACAUCAGGCUUCAACUUGGGUGAGCCCAGCAUGUUCGUAGACUGGAUUCAUAAGAUGUUCAGGCUUGAGCUGAUGAUUGAUGAGGAUGCCAGGGAGGCUCAUGACACUUUCUAUAAGCUCAGUAGCUCUGAAAUGAUGGAGGUAUCAGACGAUGUGCCUAAUCGACAGCCCCAAGCAACCAACCAUGGGCCA